CGUAGUUCUCUGAAGAAGUGACUUUGUACUUCAUAAUUCCAAUAAUAACAAAUCUUUUGAUUGUUUAUAUUCAUGAAAAAUGACGUCAAUCAACAGUUUUGGGAUUCUCCCAUCAAUUUCUCCUGGAGUUGCCCAUCAUUGCUUCAGGUGUUCUAAUCACCACUAUUGUGAUUUUGUUGGGAUUACGAUGGUGGAGCCACGAAUUUUGGAGAGAGAAAUCAAGAAUUGUGGAAUUCGCUAUGACUUUACCUGGACCUGCGCGACUACCGAUUUUCGGAAAUAUCUUGUUAUUAUGGGAAACUGAUAAAACUGUAAAUACUCUCACGAGAAUUGGCCAGCAGAUACACUCUAGACUCUACCAAUUUUGGUUGGGGCCCAGUGUCGUCAAGAUCAUCGUCAUCCCAAAGAUCUUGAGAUCGCAUUAAUGUCCACAAAGGCUGCGGACAAGGAUGAUGUUUAUAAAUUUAUGCAGCCGGCUGUGAUAAACGGCCUCAUUAAUGCACCAGCCUCUUUAUAUUACCGAACCCACAAGAAUUUGAUGAUGCCACAGAUAAAUGGAAAUACUGUGAUGGGAAAAUAUAUUGGAAUAUUUAAUCACUAGUCACGUGUGCUUGUAAAGCUGAUGCAGAAGAAGGUAGACACUGGAGAGUUUGAUAUCCACGAUCAUCUCAAUUUUUGCUUGGGUGACAUUGUUUUUGAAUCAUUAUUUGGAAUUCCGGCAACUGCCCAAUUGGGAGAGCCCAGUAUCUUCCUCUUGCUGACUCAAACGUGUUUACAUUCAGUAUAUUAUAGAAUGAUGAGACCCUGGUUGGCCCCAAAUAUAUUGUUUCGCCUGACUCAACGGGGGAGGGAGUAUUUCAAGAUUGUAAAAGAAGCUCAUAACUAUUUGGACAAUAUGAUUGCUGAUAAACAACAACAUUACAAGAGCCGAAGUCCAGAAGAAACAGCGAGACUCUCGCUCUUGGAUUUUCUGAUAGACCACAAAAUGAAAAAUAAAGACUGGACGAACGAGGAACUUCGCUACGAAAUGAUUACUAUUUUUGUCGCCUCGUACGAGACGAUGACGGGAAUAGCCUGUUUUGCGUUACUGAUGAUGGCGAUGCAUCCGGAAGUUCAAGAAAAAGCGAGAGAAGAGGUUACAAAUGUAAUGUCGGGUGAUGACAUUUCCGAUACCGAAAUAGCAAAUUUGAAAUAUCUGGAUAUGAUCAUUAGAGAGACCAUUAGACUUUUUCCAGUCGCACCGUUGAUGCCCCGGAAGGUCAACGCCGAUUUGAAACUAAGUUCCUGCACCGCACCGAAGGGCACAUCUCUAUUCCUUCUUCCUUACGCAACCCACAUGGAUCCAGAAUUCUGGGACAAACCGAAGAAAUUCAUCCCCGAGCGAUUCACCCCAGAAAAUUCAAAGGACCGUCAUGCCUAUGCAUACAUCCCCUUCAGUGGAGGUAUGAGAAGCUGCCCUGGCUCGAAAUUUGGCAUAGUCUGCAUCAAGGUAGUCCUGGCACAUGUCCUGAAGAAUUAUCACUUGAGUACAACAAUGAAACACGAAACAUUACGAGUGCAUAAUCAUAUUUCGGCAAGGAGUGUUGAUGGUUAUAAAAUUGCUCUAAAGGCAGUGAAUUGAUUUUGUGAAUAAACAUCUGUGAAGUGAUCAAUCGGUGGAAGUGAUUGAGGAUCUUUCCAUGGAUAAUAAUUGUUGGUAAUUUUGAAAAAUAAAAUUAGGAUUUCUUAA